UGGAGGGCGUUUGAACUAGCCCGCUCAAAACUUUCACGAAUAUUAAAGUCUCGCAAUGCUUUAAACUCCCCAUCGACCGGGAAGUCAGUCUCUUGCGGAAAUGGUGCACAGUCAGGCAUUGGAUCCUUUCUCGAGUACGAGAAGUAUGCGCAGUUGCUUGGCAAGUCCUUAGAGGAUCUCUCACGGACUGUAAAGUCUGGCAUGGCUUUGAACUUCCCUCCGAGCCCGAAGUCCAUCGAUGAUGCAUCUGCAGCAAUUCGGUCCUUUCUGAAGAACAGCAAGAAUGUACAUUUCCUUGAAAAGUCCUUAGAGGAUCUCAAAAAAACGUCUUCGUCGAAAUUAGAAGAGUGCAUUCGUCGUUGCUCUCUUGCAUACGACUCGAUUACUGGAAGGGAAAUCGUCAGGAAGGCCAGUCUUAGCGUCCUUGAGGCGGAACAAGCAUUUGUUGAUUGUCAGCUCAGUCGUCGCCGCUGUCAGCAAAAACUUUUCGAAUUGCAGAAGAGACGUGUUGAGGCAGUUAGACAAGCAGAUUUAAUAUCGCCAACGUCAGACUCCUUCAAUUCACUAAUUACAAUAGAGCGUGAGCAGAUACAGCGCAAGGAUACUAUUCAACGCGUAUCUGCGGAUCCUUCUGUGGAGUACACGGUGGACCUCGUCGAAAUUGACGAUCAAACUGUCGUGUCUGUGCAUUUGUGCUGCGUGGUAGAUGCAAGGUCCGAUCAGGACACGGAGUAA